UCAUUUGAGUUCGGGAUAAAAUAUUUGUAGCCCUUCUUGGGAUUUACACUUCUUCCUGUUGCGGGCGGCCAGGCGCAUUCUCGUGUGUGUUGGAUGUUCGACCAGAUUUGAUUUAAAAUUUCCAUGGCAACAGCUUUCAUUUAGAACCUCCAUACAGAUUGAGGCGUAUUUUCGUUCAGUGGAUCAUGUAUAAGAUUAUGGCGGAGUACGCGGUAACGAGCUGUCUGUCAAGCAUCGGUAUUUAUUUGCGAAAGCGCCUUUUACAUUAAAACGUUGCCCGGCAUCGAAUACAAGAGCGCGCCUUCUCGCACUCGCUCGUUCGCGUCAAGCGGGGCGUGCCUGGCACGCGCUGAGGCCGCCUAGCAGACGCGGUCGCGCAAGUAGCAGUAGAAUGAGCCCAACCCUGUCUAGCCUCGCGCGCCGGUUCCGCGGAUUCGAAACGGGGCGCCAGGUAGGCGUCGUUUCUUAUCGCUCUGAUUUUCUGUGAGGCAGCCGUGAUGCAUUCUGUCUCAUUUCUUAACCGUCACUUGGCCUCUGUGGCGUGAUGGAUAAUUCAAAAGCCGUUAUCGCAAGUUGAAGCGCAUCUCUGGUGCUUUCUCUUCUAAGCGACCUAAAGUCCGGCUAACGGCACUGAAGGCGCCGCUCUUUGUUAACAAAUUCACGUGUGCCGCCUUGCCGCGACAGCUGCUCGACUACACAUGUGUAGUGUCAACGCGCCGGUGAGACGUGACCUCGAGUCGCUGCCGCUGUCGCCUUCAAUUCUUGACGCCUUUCGAGAUCCACUAAGCCUUUCCUGCUGCGCCCUUACUGCCGGCUCUUCCGAGAUACCGCCGCGUCCUGUCCUUCGCGGCCCACUCACUCCGAUUAGGUUAGAUGCGGAGGAUUUUGUCAGCAGCGCGUCUGAACUUGGGUGGGCGAGAUGCCGGGGGGAAGGAUGUCAAGCGUUGUCGGUACCAUUCCCAGGACAGAGGUCAACGAGGGAUCAGCAACAGGGUGUGAGGGUGUGGCCCAGCGGGGUGAAGAAGAGCAGGACGAUGAAGGGGAAGAGGAUCUGCGAGAGGGCAGCGCUGUGCUGUUCGUGAACCGCGGGGGUCUGCCCGUGGACGAGGCCACAUGGGAGAGGAUGUGGAGGCACGUGGCGCGCAUCCACCCAGAGGGCGAGGACCUGGUGAGGAGGAUUAGAGGAGCCAACGACCUGCCUAAGAUUCCCAUACCAAGUGUGCCUACAUUCCAGCCAUCAGCCUCCACCUCUGAUCGUCUAGAAGCAAUACAGCGAUUUAUCAGGGAUUUGCAGUACAAUCACACUGGAACACAGUUCUUUGAGAUUAAGAAGAACAGACCUCUCACCGCGCUGUUAGACAUUGCUAAGGAGAUGAUCAGAGAGGCUCUGCCAAUCAAGUGCUUGGAAGCAGUGAUCCUAGGGAUCUACCUUACCAACAGCAUACCAGGCCUAGAACGUUUUCCUCUCAGCUUUAAAACCCAAUUCUCAGGGAAUUACUUCCGUCACAUUGUACUUGGGGUGCACAGCGGGGGACGUUUUGGAGCCUUGGGCAUAAGUCGACGUGAGGACCUGAUGUACAAGCCUCUGACCUUUCGGACACUGAGUGAACUGGUGCAGGAGUUUGAUGUCGCCUAUCACAGAUUGGAAAGCCUGCACCGCCUUCACCCACCAAAGACCGGAAGAAUUUUGGAUCUCCCCUUCGAAGCCAGUCCAGCCCUCACCGCAGAAACAGUCGUAGUGAAAGACAAUUAUCUGGUGAAAAGAAGCUCACUGACCAGAAGUCAACUUCUGACGUCAACAGCUAUCAAAUCAGAGUGUGACAAACCAGCAACAGACCUGACAAAAGAGGCCAAGGAGGCACUUUAUGACUUUGAGCUGAGCAUCACAAGCCCAAGAAUCCAGAAUGAAUGAAGGAGUAGCAAAGCUCUUCCUACCCAGAUACAUAUAAUCACAUGGUCAUUGAUCAACUUGUUGUUUACACGGGCAUCAAAGCUGCAUCUGAACAUUUUUAAGGCAAAGAUAAAAGUGGCAAAGAAGUGCAAGUUUUCCUUUCAGUCAUUAACAAGCCAUUUAACAUUCUAAAUUGUCACAACCUAUGGUACAAUAUUGUAGGGAUGACUGUCUUGGAAUUUUUUCUGUGUUUUAAUAGUAGGAACCAUUCUACGUCACUUUAUGCCCUGUACUAUUUGUCAUGUGCGUAUCAACUUUUAAAGGUUAGGAUAAUAGUGAGCAUCUGUUUAACCUUUCAGUGGCUAGAACAAUUGGCUGUCACAACUUAGUGGCCAUUGUGACUGUAGUUGCUAUGACACCUUUCCCCUUUUUGCAGGAUAUUUUUCUAUAUAUGUUUGAAUUCUUCCUUCUUGUUUUAAAAUAUUGCAUAAAUGAUCACAACAACCUUUCACAUGCUCACAUUGUAUAGUACUUUAUUAUUCACAACUCCAUAUUUUGCACCAGUCAGCUGUGCUACCUGUCUAAGACUGAUUGAAAUCUAAGUAACCAACUAGACCUCAGCGUUAACAUUUGCAGUCCA